CUAAUGAGGUGUCAUGGAUAGGCGGCACUGAUGAUGGGUACUGAUAGACAGCACUGAUAGGUGGCACUGACUGGCGGCACUGACUUGCAGCACUGCUGGGCUGCACUGAUGGGUAGAACUGGUGGGCGGAACUUGUGGGUGGCACUGCUGGGCACCGAUCAUCAGGGCACUGAUCAUCAGUGCCCUGAUGAUCGGUGCCGAUCCCUGCUCCAACAACUGCCGGUUCUCGGCACUACUUUCCUCACGAUCUGACAGGUGGGAAAAGUGCAGCCGAGAACCGGCAAUUGCAUUUCCCGGUGAUC